CUCUUCUUUCUCUUUUCUUUACUUUUGUAGAAGACUAUUGACAAAUUUUUGAAUAUAUAAAUUUUUUUGAAGUUCAUACUGAUUUUUUAUUUUUUACAUAGGAAACAGCUGCAUCCGGACCUUAUUCUAGUACUGAGGGAGUAUGAUAUAAUGAAUUUCAGCAGGACCAUAUCAUAUAUGAAUAUCUAUGUAUUUUGGAUUUAUCUGGCUGAGCAAGCUGGACCUUAUUGGACUUGAUGUCAGUCAGGUCAACAAUUUGUGGAUUUGGGUGAUUGAUUGAAUGACUUGGUUUGGUAUCCAUUGCUCAUUGAGUGCUACUCUGUGAUUAUGUUGUUAGUUGAAAUGGAUUUGACAAGAACUAUGUAAGAAUCUUGUUUUGUUAGCUUCUACUUGAAGGUACAAGGUCUAUCUGGAUUUUAUAUUUCUUGCUGACGAAUAUUGAUCAGGUAGAUAUAUUUUUCUGCCUUCGUAUUUUGGUGAAGGUGAGUCCUUAACAUCAUUCACAUGUUCAAAUCGUGAGUCUUACCUUCAAAGAUUUCAUUGGUCAAUUUUUAUAUUUCUCGACCAGAUUCUUGGGUCAUAUAUGAUUAGGUUCUGAUGAGUAAUAGAUGUUGAACUGAUCAUUUGUUUGAUUUUGCUUGCAAUAUUUUGGAUUGAUUUGGCUGUGCAAGUUCGUCCGACUUCAUGUCAGUCAUGUCAACAAUUUUGUGAAUUUGGGUGGUCCGGCUUCAUGUUAGUCAUUCGGCUUGUUUUGAUUUCAAGGUUUCCAUUGCUAAUAUAUCAGGAAGUUCUGUGCGAAGAUUAUGUCUACUUGGCACCCCGUAAAAAUACCACGACCGUAAUAAUCCUGAUAAAGUUAUUUAACAUGAUCUGUUGCUAAGUUUCCUAUCAAACCUAGGAUCUGAUGACUUAUAGAAGGGGUGCAUGUAGAUCAUAGAUUUGACUUUGAUUGUGAGAUUUCAAUAGUCAAGGAAGGAGAUGCUGGAAGUGUGUAGGUAUUGGAAAUGUUCUGAUUGAGUCACAAACAUUACAUGUGAUGCUGGAAGUAGAUUUAUUGAAAACACAGAAAAUUUGUCAAGUUUUAUGCCCAGAGAACAGUUGAACCACAACGAAAACAUAGACCGUCUUUUUUGUCAAUAAUAGAAGCAAGGGGGACUAGCUUCAGUGUUGAGAAACUAACAUGCGGAUCAACAUGCAUAUGGAGGUUAUGGAGCUCUCUUUUUGAGGCACCCUCUUUGACCAGCGAGGUAGAAGGUAAUCAUUAACUAGUAGUCCCUUCGUACGAACGGAGUAGUAGUUAUCUAAUGCACUUCCUGCAAAAUGUUUGAAAAUGCCGCCACCUCUAGCUGUUGUAAUUGCCCAGAUGCUAAAGGUUCUCUAAAUGACUUUUGUUAAACGACAUUUUGUUGGAAUGGUAAAACAAGGUCUUCUGUCUCAUCUGGAUUCAAUAUCUCUUGCUGAUGAACAUAGAACAGAAUCAUCUAUUUUUCUGCCUUGGUUUUUUGUUGCAGCUGCGUCUUACUGCAAUGUUUUUUAUUUCAACAGAUUAAAGUUCCAAUUGGUGCAUCGGCAACAGCCAAUUCUUGACUUUAUUCUGUACGGAGGGAGGAUGAUAUAAUGGAUAGUUUCAUCUUUACAAAUUCAUCUUGUCCGAUCCUCAUAAUCUAUAAAUAACAUAACGAUUUAAAAUCAAGAUAAAAUAGGUUAUAGAGUAUGUUAUUAGUUUAGAACAUAUUUUCUCGAUCAGAUUCUUGGGUAAUAUAUGAUUAGGUUCUGAUGAGUAAUAGAUGCAAAAAUGAUCAUUUGUUUGAUUUUAUUUUGUAUUCAUCAGGCUGUGCAAGUUGGUCCGACUUGAUAUCAGACAUGUCAACAAUUUUGUGAAUCGAAUGGUCAAAUCAGAUGGCUUAUUUUGAUUCCAGAUGACUAAUAGAGGCGGUGCAUGCAGAUCGAAGAUUUGAUUUUGAUUUUGAGGUUUCAAUAGUCAAGGAAGGAGAUGCCGGAAGUGUAGGUAUUGGAAAUGCUCUGAUUGAGUCACAAACAUUAGAUGUGAUGCUGGAAGUAGACCAACACAGAAAAUUUGUCAAGUUUUUGCCCAAAGAACAUGUGAACUACAACGAAAACACAGGCUGUCUUUUUGUCAACAAUAGAAGAUAGGGGGACUAGCUUCAGUGCUGAGAAAGUAACAUGCAGAUCAACAUGCAUAUGGAGGUUAUGGAGCUCUUUUUCCAAGACACCCUCUUUGACCAGCGAGGUAGAAGGUAGUCAUGUACUAGUGUCCCUACGUCCGAAAUAGUAUUAUCUAAUGCUAUGGAGGUAAUGGAGCUCUCUUUCCAAGACACCCUCUUUGACCAGCGAGGUAGAAGAUAGUCAUGAACUAAUGGUCCCUCCAUACGAACGGAAUUAGUAGUUAUCUAAUGCACUCCCUGCAGUAUGUUUGAAAAUCCCACCACUUCUAACUAUUGUAAUUGUUGCAGCUGAGUCUUUACUGCAAGGUUUUUUAUUUCAACAGAUUUAUGAUCCUAUUGAGAAUCUUCCAGUUCUGAAAACUGCCUCUCUACUUUCGAGUAGGGGCAAGGUCUGCGUACACACACCCUCCCCAGACCCUACUCUUGUGGGAUUUAACUGGGUUGUUGUUGUUGUACAUAGGAAACAGCUGCAUCCGGACCUUAUUCUAGUACUGAGGGAGUAUGAUAUAAUGAAUUUCAGCAGGACCAUAUCAUAUAUGAAUAUCUAUGUAUUUUGGAUUUAUCUGGCUGAGCAAGCUGGACCUUAUUGGACUUGAUGUCAGUCAGGUCAACAAUUUGUGGAUUUGGGUGAUUGAUUGAAUGACUUGGUUUGGUAUCCAUUGCUCAUUGAGUGCUACUCUGUGAUUAUGUUGUUAGUUGAAAUGGAUUUGACAAGAACUAUGUAAGAAUCUUGUUGUAUGCCAAAGCUUCUCUAAAUUGCUUUUGUUGAACAAUACAACGUAUAUCAGAUCGAAGAAUUGUUUUUUUCAUGGUAAGAAAUUUUGUGGGUAUGGUGUUUUGCUGCUGGAACUUUUAGCUCUCAAUUUAGUGUAAGGUAUGCAAAUGAUUUGAUUAGAAGUACAAGGUCCCCAGUCAAAUCUGAAUUUUAUUGAUCUUGAUGAAUAUAGAACAUGCUGGUCU